UAAUGACCGAUAAAAUAGGAGAACGAUUGGAUGAGAUCAUCGGUUUCGAGCUCAGCAAUGGUACUAAAAAUCGUGAGAAAAUCACCACCGAACUAUGUUCACAAUUUUUGGAGUCAUUGAGUGAAGAAAUUGAGAAAAAUGGUGAAGAUGUGGAAGAAGACGAAGGAGCCAAUGAACAGCCAUUUGAGGAUAAAUUGAAUUUAAUUGGGAAAAUCCAACAAUAUUUGACCAAUGCAAAGAUGGAGAAAGAAUUCAACAGACGCAAUUUGAAAUGCAAUGCUGUUCUUCAUUUGGACAGUUGUGUUACAGUAUCCGAUUGGGAGAAGAGAGAUGUACCAGUUAUUGCGUCUUUUGGGUUUCCUAGAAAAGUUCCAAAUAGACUCCUGGCUCGGAUGAGAAGCAACAAAAUUCUGGGAAUAAUCAAUGAAGAACUUGAGAGGAUGUUUCCAGAUCAUGAGGUUACAGAAGUAGAUCACAAUAAGGCCGCAAGUGUACCCUACCUUCUUUGUACUAUUGAUGACGUCACUGUCAUCAUCAAGAUUUCAAUUAAACCGUUCUGUAGUCCACAGUUUUUGGCAAAAGAUGUAAUCAAUCAAUAUGCAAGCAUAGAUAAUCGAUUUAAUACUCUCGCCAACUAUCUUCACAAAUUUUUAAAAGGAAAAGCAGUGAAAAAAAGCGAUCAGAGAAAAAUUAAAUCCGUGGUUCCAAAGCUAUGCUCAUUGAAAAUGAUGUUCAUUCAUUGUUUCAAGCAUUAUGGGCUUCUUCCAUCAAAUUCAAAUUCAUUGGAAGAAAAGAUGGCAUCUCUGAGUGUAACUAAAAAAUACUCGAUCAAUCUUGGGACUCUCCUCUUCCUUUUCCUUGACUACUAUCUGGAUGUUAUUUCCCUUGAAAAAGAGUAUUUGGAAAUUGGAACUGGAGAAUCUCUUAUUAAACUUGACAUUGGACUGACCAACAAGAACAUUUUAUCAAUUAGUGACAUCUUUGACGAUCAUGUUCCAGGAGAAAGAGUCAACGAUACUGUUAUGUUGAAGAAAAUUUUCAAAGCAAUGUAUUUGGCUGUCCUGAAGUAUCUCAACAAUCGAACCGGAAUUCUUCUGAACGACUUGAAAACAAUCCCAUUCCGUCCAAAGCAUAUUCAAUUGUAAAAAACCAACACCAAUUCGAUUUCAAUCUCACCAUCCUACUGCAAUAUAAUAAUUUAAAAAUAACUUAUUGUUUAAAUGAUACCUCGAAUGCUUUUCUUCUACUUCAACACCUCCCUAUUGUUCCACAUGCCUUUUAACUUCUCUUACAUAUUGAAUUAAUGCAAUAAAUGAAUAAAACGAUUGGUUCG